UAUUGAGUAUAUAUGGCCAAGUGUCAGAAGACUUGCAUAUGAAUUCGCCAUUUAUAAAUUUUUAAAGGAGCAGUCAAUUUUAGAGCCCUCUGGUACCUUUGAGGCAAACUGACAUUUUUUUGAUGAACAAUGGCAAUCCUUUCCAAUCCCUUCUCUCCAACCUGAGCUCAUUUUUCACAUUCCAUAUGCCUCAUGCGUUAAGAAAAAGGAGCAGAGCUGAACAGGUCUGUUUCACCUAGGGGUGGAGUUAAUUUCAGGGCCAGAAAUAUAUAAACAGAAUCCUGAAAUCAAGAAAUUAGAAACUGUAGUUGUUUAGCAAUAAUCCAAAUCACUUUACUUUGACGUAUCUUUGAAAUUAUAUGAUUAUUUUGGGUUUGGAAAUACUGUUAUAAUAGAUAUGAUUUUUGGCCUGAUUUUGAUGUCACUGACAAAAAAAAAAAAGAGCCACGUUUCUUUAAAGUAUUAUUUGUUGUUAGUUGAGAUGGUGGAUGCAUAAUGUGGCAGCUUCCAAUUCAGUGUGAUUGCCGACCAAAAGUUAUGGCAGUGCCAUAUAUUUUUUUUAUUACAAUCUCAGAGUACAACCGCUGUUAAGACGCUCGAGUCACUAAAGUGAGUGACUAAAAGCCACUAAUAAGAGGACAGUAUAGGAUGAGGCGAAAUUCAUGGGACAGCUACAGAUACGGUAUUGGAAAUGGCAAAAUGUAAAAACAUGCAAAUGGACAAAAUUCUGUCCUUCAAAUUCUGUUUUGAAUUUUUUUACAUGAGCCCGGAUUUGAAUGCUGGAUGUAGCAAUUUUCUUUAGUCACAAGACAUCAUUAGAGGAUAAUCGUAUAAUCUGACAUGGAGGACAUAUGUUCGUACAGUCUGUUAAACAAUUAGCCAAACCAACCAUCCAUCCGUUUUCUGUCCGGCAUGUCCUACACAGGGUCACGGGAAGCCUGGACAAAGGCAGGGGACACCCUGGAUGGAGUGCCAAUCCAUCAUAGGCCACAAUUACACACACACUCACUCACUCACUCACUCUCUCUCACACACCCAUUCACACACCAUGGACAAUUUGGAAAUGCCAAGAUAGAAUCUUGUAUACUUUAAUUACAAUAUAUUUUAGAUACUGAAUGUUUGUGUAAUUUAGGUCAAUACAUUUCACACAUACCAACAUACCAACUGACAUUUUUAAAAUUAGGCCUAAAUAUCACCGUCUAGGAUAAUGCAGCAGUGUGUUUUUGUGUCAUGUGAGUCUUCUGCUCUUCGUGACCACAAACGCAUGUCGGAUGAGGCAAUAUUUCAAGAGGUCAGACACCCCCCCAGUCCAAGCACGUGCAUUUCCCCGCCAGUUUCCGGUGUCGUCAUUUCUUCAGUGGGGGUAAAAAAAAGAAGAAAAAAAGAAAGAAUGAAAAGAGGAGUGUGAGUGAGGACGGUGUUACUCUUCUCUGGGAACGGCUGUGAGAUUUUAUUGUCUAUUUCGCAGUCUGAAGUCUGUAGAAGGUCUUAUAACGUUCUGUGGAUAAUUUAACAAAUACAAACACCAAACGCAGACACCACCAUGACUAAAGUUUGACCUGACGAGAUUAUUAUUUAUUAUUAUUAUUAUUAUUAUUAUUUUUGAAGGGGGGGAAAAACCCUCAGUUGUCUUCUAAAAUUGUUACAUUCUUAAAAACUGUCUCAAUGCCCGCGGCAAGGAAAAUGAGGAAGCCUGAUAUUAAGAUGGUCAUUCUGGGAGACAUGAACGUGGGGAAAACGUCUCUUCUCCACAGAUACACGGAGAGAGGGUUUAAAGACACGCUGAGCACAGUCGGAGGAGCUUUCUUCCUCAAGCAGUGGGGACCCUACAACAUCUCCAUUUGGGACACGGCAGGUCGUGAGCAGUUCCACGGUCUGGGCUCCAUGUACUGCCGUGGUGCAGCGGCCAUCAUCCUGACAUAUGAUGUGACCAGCUGGCAGAGCCUCUUGCAGCUUGAAGAACGGUUCCUGCCGCUCACUGAUUCUGCCAACAGUGACUGUGUUUUCGCCGUUGUAGGCAACAAGGCUGACCUGACUGACCCAUGCGCCCAAGUCCUGACAACCGAGGACACCCCAGCAGGCCCCACCCCUCCACAUACACCUACUUUCCACAAGCAGGUGGCACCGGAGGAUGCUGUGGCGCUCUACAACCGCAUAAUUCGCUACAAGGCCCUUGACACACCCACACUCCCGCGUGCUGAGGAUAUGUGCUUUGAGACAAGUGCAAAGACAGGGUACAAUGUUGAUGUGCUGUUCGAGACGCUGUUUGAGCUGCUGCUGCCAUCCAUCAUCAGAAAGCAAACACAGACCGAGUCAGCUACUGUAUGUUUGGAGGACUGUCAGGGAGAAGAGAAGAAGAAAAAUGAAUGCUGUGUGUGAAGAACAGGAAUACUAAUAGAUGCAGUAAUGUCUUAGGUUUUCAGUCAUCCAGAUUUCUAUGAAUAAUUAAUAGUGACAAGAAACCUUUAAGAUUAUAAUCAAACCCCAGCUGCUUUGACUUUCCUGAUGCUCUAGCUUGGCCAAAAUCACAAUAUUUACUUGAAAACCAUGACAACUGACCUCAGUCCUGCACCUGUCGUCAGUGAUCGUGGUUUGUGGUCACUUUUUCUGACACCUUUGCUUGAGAUGUUCAAGUCUUUGGGGGAAGUGGAGGAACUAAAGAGUGAUUGUGUGUGAGGAAGAGAUGUUCUCUGUAGAUACAAGCUCUAGCUUGGCCUCUUUACACUGAUCAACAGUGUUGGUAUCCCAGGACUUAAAUAAGACCUUAAGACUGCUGACCUCAGAUCAGCCUGAAAGCGCCACAAUAUUUCAUGUUACUGUGGUUUGUGUCAAGACAAUGAUGGUCCUGCUCUGCUGCAGGUUCUACAGUGGCAUGUACAGGCUUGGAUGUGUGCGAAACUCACUUAUGGUGUACACAUCUGUUUUGGCACAAACAUUUGGACCAGAUUCACCUUUUCCUCUCAAUAUUCAUGUGCCGAGCCUUGAAUUUCUGUUUUAUAGCAUUUUAUUUCAUUAACUGUAACUGUACUGUGAAAACAAUUUAUAGGAUUUUACAUAUUUGAAAACUGAUUGUAAUAUAAAUUAAAAUAAAGAUUAAAUUAUUUUACUUAA